ACAUGCAAGCAGUGCUUGUCAUGAAAUAGAGCAACUGAUUCAGGGUUUACAGAGGGCCAUCAGGCGCAGACGGCGCCUUACCACUACUUUCGCUUUGCAAAUGCAAGGGGAAUCGCAUUGGCAUAUUGAGCCCGAAUUGGGUGCGCAUAGCCAAGCCUGAUGCGCAGGCACGGCACGAGUGCCCCAACCCGCAUCCCCAAGUGCGGUUUUGAAGAUCCUCGCGGCAACAUGUGGCCCUGUGCUUUUCAGCAGAUAAUAUACCCAAUUGCACAAUGAUCCGACGAAUCCUCGCCUACCUGCAGGUAGUAGUUAGCUGAAUGUUCUUUACCUCGGCUUCUCACGCUGUCGCCUCUUUUCCAAGUGUGCAAUGAACGCCAGCGCACAUUAGUGCUACUUUACAUCUGGCUGGUAAAUCUCCAUGGAGAUCCCAACUUUGCCAUCAAUUCCAGCUAGAAUGCUGCGCGUGUCACAAAGGGAAGACUCAAGUAGAGUAUGUGCUAUCAAUCAUUGGUGCCCAGAUUGCAACAUAUUGUCAGUCAUUAGCGUUCAAACGAACGUGCCGACUGACAAUUAGUUCAAGAC